AUGUCACUGGAAGAAAUUAACCAAAUGGAGCCAAAUGGCUCUACUGCACUACAUGUAGCUGCAUAUCAGGGACAUGAGAAGAUUGUUGAGCUGUUAUUACAGAAAGGCGCUUGUUAUUCAACAGUAAAUAAAUAUAAUUGUACUCCGCUUGACGAAGCUAAAACUGACAAAAUAAAACAAUUGAUUCAUCGUCGUAUGAAUAGCACUCGUUUUGUCAGUGACGCGUCCAUCGAGUGGAUUCUCUCUACGAAUGAUGCAGAUUUCCAAGCAUCUGAGUAUUGGGAAAAAUUGAAAACAUACGGCACAGAUCCUCAGUUUUAUCGAUUGAUUGCUUAUAUUAAAAAAAAUUAUCUUGAAAAAGACUUACAAGAUAUUGAUGGUAUCAAUACAAUUAAACAGUAUUUUGAUAUGGCAAUAAACGAAAAAGAUCCCGUUUAUUUAUUACAAGCAUAUACAGCUGAGACUGGUUUUUAUUCUACGCUCAAUGUUCAUCUAGCACAAUUACGCCUGGAAAAUCUAACUGCCAAAGAGAAUGUUAGUCGAGCAUAUUACAUUGGAAUCAUUGCUCGCCAUCCGAAAUUGGAAACAUUUUCAUAUACUGGAGUAACAUUUCGUGGUAUGAUGAUUACUAAUAAUGAUCUCAAACAAUACAAAAGAGGUACACGUAUUUUAACUAAAACAUUUUCAUCGACAUCAAAACAAAAAGAUGUAGCAUUAGGAUUCCUUCGCGACAACAGUGGUACAGAUGAUCGCUUAAGUACAAUAUGUGUGUAUGAAAUACGUAAUGAAAGAACAGCAUUAGAUAUUGAACAUAUAUCGUUAUUUCAAGAUGAAAAAGAAGUAUUAAUUCUACCAUAUUCUGCAUUUAAAAUAAUUGAUAUUAAACUAUAUGAAAACGGUUCACCUAGAGCUGAAAUAAAACUAAAAGAAUGCGAGCCGUGGUAG